AUGGCUUCCCCCAUCGGCACCGGAGGUACUCCACCUCAGAGCGUGGAGAACAUCACUCGCAUCGCCCAAAACUACGAGUACAACUCAAAUGUUCGCUUGCGAUACUGGCUGAGAACGGCGGCAACGAUUUUACGAGAGGCUCAUAUCUACGAAUCGGAAGGACACGACGAACAAGCAUAUCUCCUCCUCUUUCGACAUGCCCAGCUGAUCCUAGUUCAUCUUUCGAAACACCCGGAUACAACCAAGUAUGAAGAAGACCGCAAAGCCUUGGUGGCUGCCGAGAAAGAGGUGGAGAAGAACCUCAGCAAGCUGGAGGUUCUAAGACCCAGGAUCAAGAAGCGAUAUGAGCGCUACACUCAGCUGAUGCGCGAACGUCAAUCUCGAAAACUGCCAACUCAAUCCAAAAUCAUCCCGGAGCCGUCAGCGCAAGUUACAGACCCCGCCCUGGCCGGUGUCGCCGAACCCUUGGAAGCCGGUGAGAAUCGGGAUCUCGCUGUUCAGCUUGCACAAUAUGAGCUCAAUCGGCGUGCCACUGUCAGGGGUGCCAAAGGAUUAUCGCCAGCGGAACUGGAGGCCCGUCGUGCAGCCGGCGUAUGGGGCGAUUGGGAAGCUGCGUCGAAACCGGAUACUCGACCCGGUGAUCAAGACUUGAGCCGGCGAAUUCAAAAUAUCAGAUCCAACAUUGAUAACACGCAUCAGCCUGCUUAUGACCAGCGUGUCAAGGAUUCAACCAGUGGAGUUUCGUCCGUCUACAAAUACCCAAGCGUGCCGCGCCAGAAGCCUCUGGAGCCUACUGUAUCUCCAGGCCAGAUUGCCAUUCUUGAUAAGAAUGUCGAACGUCAUGCGCCCCCUAUCUUGCCUCCGAAAGAGCAUAUUGAGCCCAGUAGGGCCUCAAUCAUAAACACGACUGCACCGCCAAUUCCAUUCAAAGUGGCACCAACCCCACCACUGCCCGACAAGGUGCAAGCAGAGACAACGAGCACUACGCGGUCUGAUCUUGACCCAUCCAGUUAUACCUUCAAACCCUCCGCCUAUCUGGAAAAUGGCACUCCCUUGCGCUCCGUCUUUCUACCAGCCGACCUCCGAAGUCGCUUUUUAUCACUGGUUUCUCCCAAUACCCGCAACAACUUGGAGACAUGCGGAGUUCUUUGUGGUACUCUCGUCUCCAACGCACUUUUCAUCUCCAAAGUCGUGAUUCCAGAGCAGACUUCGACAUCGGACACCUGCGAAACGGAGAACGAGUCUGCUCUCUUCGACUACUGUGAUUCGGAGGACCUGAUGGUUCUCGGAUGGAUUCACACACACCCAUCGCAGACCUGUUUCAUGAGCUCUCGCGACCUGCACACACACUGCGGCUAUCAAGUCAUGCUCCCGGAGAGCAUCGCUAUUGUGUGCGCCCCAAGCAAAGACCCGGACUGGGGCGUGUUCCGUCUCACUGACCCGCCAGGACUUAAGACUGUCUUGAACUGCACGCAGACGGGUCUAUUCCACCCGCAUGCGGAGGAAAACAUCUACACUGGAGCUUUACGACCGGGGCACGUGUUUGAGGUCAAUGGACUCGAGUUUGAGACAGUAGAUCUGCGUCCUUAG